GUGACAUAACGUUGAAUGGCCGUCGGAGGAACUUCAACAGCGAACAUGAAUUCAUAAAUUCCUGCAAGGACUGGCGAGGAGGUACUUGAAGACUAGCUUCACAAUGAUCAAUUGAAUUUAUCAACACUGUACACUGCAACAACUGACCGAGGAGAAAGUACAAAACUUGGAAGUCAAUCAGUAGGUACUAUCAUUGGAUAUCGAACGAAUCUUGAAGUUUGUUGAAACGGCCGGAAUCGUGACAAACUCUGCCUUCUGGCUGCGAUCAAGGACGUCGCUCUCAGUUUCUCCGAAGCUCCUGGUCAAUAUCGAGGAACCAAUUUAGUUCAGCAUACACCAUGUCAUCGUCUGGCCCUAACGCCGAUGAGAAGCCAAAGAUCACACUUCACUGGCUAGAAGUCUCUCGAUCACACCGGAUCUUGUGGCUCUUGGAAGAGCUCGGGCUUCCGUACGAUCUGAAGACGUACAAGAGGACGAAAGAAGGCCUGGCUCCGCCCGAACUGAACAAAGUGCACCCGCUCGGAAAAUCCCCUGUCAUUGAGAUCCAGGUACCGGGCAAUGAGAAGCCGAUUGUGCUUGCUGAAUCUGCAGCUAUCUGCGAGUACCUGUGCGACUACUAUGGAACUCACCUAGUACCCAAACGCUACCGUGAAGGCAAAGAAGGGCAGAUCGGCGGCGAGUCUGAGUCGUGGUUGAGAUACCGAAUGCUCAUGCACUAUGCUGAGGGCAGUCUCAUGCCACUGAUGUUGAUGUCUUUGAUGGUCCAAAGGAUUCGGAACUCACCUGUGCCAUUCUUCAUCAAGCCUAUCACAAAUGGCGUGGCCAGCAAGAUCGAGUCGGCUUUCUUGCAGCGCAACUUCAAGACCCAUUAUGACUUUCUGGAAGGCCAGCUCUCAACUUCUCCCGACGGCGGCAGUUUUUUAUGUGGAAGCGACCUGAGCGCGGCCGAUAUCAUGUUGUCAUUCCCGUUGGAAGCUGGCCGAAGUCGCUCAGGGUUUUCAAGGGAACAAUAUCCGAAGAUCUGGGCCUAUGUUGACCGAAUCCAUGAGCGGGAAGCCUAUAAACGCUCGGUUCAAAAGAUCAUCGAGCUGGAGGGCGAGUUCAAAACAUCCAUGUGAAGUGGAGCUCAGAUGUCCCACUGCCGUGGUUAAGCCUGUUGUACAGUACGCUGCAGAGAUAUCCUUUUGCCGGACCGGAAACCAUACCAGAUCCCGCUCCAUCUCAGGCAAGCUUGGCAAAUCCAUUGGAUUCUACUCACAUAUAGCCCUUUGGAUGGACAGUGGAGUGGUCGAUGAUGUACGUAUAUGCCGAUGACAAUAUAUGUGUUCACAUACAUUGCGGAAAUUUGCAGAAUAUGUCAACACUUCUCUGUUUCCUGUAGUCGAGCUUUUGAUCUGAUCUCCUCGCUUCAACCGAACGACUGGACUGGCGGCCUUCUGCGGCAGCUCUGAUCAAACAAGGUCCACUCGUCCUGCUUCUGGGUUCGUCUUCGCG